AUGGGGCCUCCUCUUUACCACCUAUCAGAUUUGGCCCUUCCCUCCUACCAAGGAGACCGCUGGUAACAUUCACAUUUUUACAUGGAAUUUUUCGAAAUAAAGGGGGCGGUAUAGGAUUCGAACCCCCGAUAUCACUGCUAAGACCCUCCGACUCGCCCACUCGAGCCGCUUAGCCCUAAAAUUGGUGAUGAAGGUGCAUCAGGCUUAGGUUCUGGUUUAGCAAAGUUGAUUAAUCUCUCAAAUUUGACACUUUAACUUAGUGUUAAUUAAAUUGAUGAUAAAGGUGCAUCCGGCUUAGGUUCUGGUUUAGAAAAGUGCAUUAAUCUCUCAAAUUUGACACUUUAACUUAGUGGCAAUUAAAUUGGUGAUGAAGGUGCAUCAAACUUAGGUUCUGGUUUAGGAAAGUGCAUUAAUCUCUCAAAUUUGACACUUUAACUUGAUUUUAAUAAAAUUGGUAUACUUAGUGAAUAAAACUUAGGUUCUGGUUUAGGAAAGUGCAUUAAUCUCUCAAAUUUGACACUUGGCAUUAAGGGCAAUUAAAUUGGUGUACUUGGUGCAUAAUAAUUAGGUUCUGGUUUAGGAAAGUGCAUUAAUCUCUAAAAUUUGACACUUUAAGUUGGGUUCAAUUAAAUAUAUUAUUUAGGUGCAUUAGGCUUAGGUUCUGGUUUACAAAAGUGCAAUUAUAUCACAAAUUUGACACUUGGACUUUAUGAAAAUAGUAUAAAAGAUUCAUAAUAAUCCAAAGUAAAUAGCAAGUUUUUUAAAUUAAAAAGAUUAGUUGCCCUUAAAAACACAUUCUAAUGA